CGACAACCCUAAGCAGUACUGAGUCAACAAAAGAAUAGAAUAAAAAUAGAGCAAUACUAAACUAAAAACGCAAAAUAAAUUGUCAAUAGAAGCGAAAUCAGUACAAUACUUAUUUGAUUCAGUAUAAAAUGCUUUCGUUUUUCUCUAAGAAGAAGCCAGAUUCACCGCCAGUAGAAGUAAUUCAAGGUCCUGCGGAUCCUACGCAAUCUAAUGAAAGCGGAGGUGGAGAUGAUUUCAUUUUUGUAGAACGCAAGACUUCUGACAACGAUCCUGCUAGGCUACCUACACAAGGUAUGGGGAUGUAUCCACCGAUGCCACCCACGUUUGGAAUGGGUAAAUUUCCGGGACCGCCUGUUUAUCCAUCGACAUCAAGCGCGGCAAGCGGAUGUGAUACCACGGCGCCAGUCCCAUAUGUUCAGGGUAUACCAUUCGAACUGGCGCCCCAACUGAGUACAAAAAGUGACUUUGAAAUAACACAAUUGCAAGUAGACAGCAUUUUAGCAUUGCUGACGCGUCAAAUGUCGGUGGACGAAAAUGAAGAAUACAAUUUUGCAUUGGAAAGGUCGAUACAAAACGAGUGCUACUAAUGUUUUCGGAGGACGCAUGCAUGUUGUUGAUAUCGCUUGUAUAAAACAACGUAUUUUUAUUUUAAUUAUUAUUUAGGUAUAAGAAAACCCACGAAAUAAUAAAAUUUAAAAAGCCGACAA